AUGCCGGUGGAGCUGGUGGCCCCCGCGCUGCUGGCCAAAGGCGCAGCGCUGCCCACUUCCUUCAUGGGGGGCCCCGCAGGUGCAGCACUGGGCGCGGGUUUGGGAGCAGCAACAGGAGCAGCAAGUUUGACUCCCGCGGGCGGCCUUCUGAGCGGCGUGGCCAGCGCUGCAGCAGAAGGGGCCUCGGGGGGCCCCGUAAUAGAGCAGUCUCUCUAUUUGCUGCCGCUGCUGCCUUCUCUCUUCUUGGGGGCCCCCCUGGGGGCCCCCAGCAGCAUCAAAAGACCCACUCAAAGGACCAUUACCCUUUCCACAGCUCGCGAGAGGGGCCUCAAAUACGCAGAGUUCCUCUAA